AUGGCUGGCGUUUGUAGCAGAUUUGCUUUUGCGACCGCAACAACUAUAGAGGAGCUGAAAAACUGCUCCAAAAACGAAAACACUGCAAAAAGCACCGAUUUUUGGCUCUCUGUUUGGAAGAGGUGGUGCUUAGAGAAGAAAAUUACAGAUAAAAUAGAAAAUUAUGAGCCGGCUGAGCUUAACAGUUUGCUCGCGCAUUUCUACGCCGAAGUAAAAAGUAAACAAGGUGAAGAUUAUGAACCAGAAAGCCUUAAAGUAACGAUGGCAUCGCUUGACAGACAAUUAAAGAACAAAAGCUACACCCUGUCCAUUGUACGUGAACGAGAAUUUAGUUCGUCCAAACAGGUGUUGGAAGGCAAAGCGAAAUAG